AUGGCUGCAGUAGAAGGAGAUGCGCCAGGGCUGGCUUUCCCAUUUGAAGCAAUGCUGAAUCAGGGAUUGAAAACAGAGGAGCCAGAGCCCACAGGCCCUGAACUGAGGAACAGCACAGGAAACCGCCUUUGUUCUAUCCGUGUGGAGAGUUUCAGGGAUUGUGAGGAACGGACCCCAUCAGAAGAGGUCAAACAGGAACCUCACAAGCGGCUGCAGGAGUGCUGGGAGGCCCAGUUGCAGGCGUUUCUGAAAAGAGUAGAUUUCCCCCAGUCAGAAUGGAGAAACCCACAGUUGCCAGGGACUGUGCCAGUUCAGACAAUGGCUUUUCUGCCCCCCUGUGAGGGAGUAGCUGAUUCCCGUGAGCAGCCUGGUGCGAGAGAGUUGGCCCAGUUCCUGCCAGGCAUGUGCCUGGAAGCCCAACAAACUGGUGGCCAACUGUCAGGUAAUGCCGAGGCCGACUGCAGGCAGGUGAAGGAGGACCUGGACGCAGACGCCACCAUCUUGGACACAGACGCAGGCCGCCAGCGUUUCCGGCAGUUCCGCUACCUGGAAGCCGACGGGCCCCAAGAGGUCUGGAGGCAGCUCUGGCGGCUUUGCCAUCAGUGGCUGAAGCCAGAAAGGCGCACGAAGGAGCAGAUCCUGGAGUUGGUGGUUUUAGAGCAGUUCCUGACCAUCCUGCCCCAAGAAGUCCAGAAAUGGGUCCGGGAUGGCGGACCGCAGACCAGUUCCUGGGCUGUGACCCUGGCAGAGGAUUUCCUGCUGAGGCAUCCAGAAGUUCAGGUACCGGAGCUGAUUAAGGUGGUAGCAGUACAUUGCCCAGAGGGAGAGAGGGCUUCAUCAGACACCAGGCAGGGACUACUCUUUAGGGAGAUCAAACAGGAGGUUGACUGUGAUGCCAGCCCACCAGGAGGUGAUGGGGAGCCCCAGGAGGAGAAGCAAAACCAGGCAGAACAUUCCAGGGAAGCGGAACCAUGUUGGAUGUUGCCAGGAAGAGGCCAACAAGACGUUUCCCACCGCCUUGAUCAAGGAGAAGUCUCUGAAUGCCGGCAGGAAAACUGCCCACUAGCAAAGGCAAGAGGAGAGCACCUUCUGGGUGACCGUACAGCCCUUGAAAGAGUCCAGGCGGGAGGGAAACGGCACAUAUGCUCCGUCUGUGAGAAAAGCUUCAGCCAGAGGUCCAGUCUGACCGUACACAAAAGGACGCACACAGGAGAGAGGCCCUAUGAAUGCCCAGACUGUGGGAAACGCUUCAGCCAUUGCUCAAACCUUAUUGCUCACAAGAUAGUCCACACAGGAGACCGGCCGUAUCCAUGCGCCGACUGCGGGGACCGCUUUCGGCAUCGCUCGCACCUCAUCGCGCACAGGAGAGUUCACACGGGAGAGCGGCCGCACAAAUGCACCAGCUGCGGGAAAAGCUUCAACCAGAGGUCGGCCCUCACUGUGCACGAGCGAACCCACACGGGAGAGCGGCCCUAUAAGUGCUCGGACUGCGGGAAAGGUUUUAACCAGAGGUCGAUUCUCCUCGCGCACGAGAGGACCCACACGGGCGAAAGGCCAUUCAAGUGCUCAGACUGCGGGAAGAGCUUUAAGCAGCUGUCGGCUUUGAAUGCGCAUGCGCGGAGCCACACCGGCGAGAGGCCGUACAGCUGUUCAGACUGCGGGAAAAGCUUCACGCGCAGCUCCCUCCUCGCGAAACACAAGAGGACGCACACCGGAGAAAAGCCGUACGGAUGUGCAGACUGUGGGAAGCACUUCAGUCAACGCUCACAGCUUGUUAAUCACAAGAGAACUCAUACUGGGGGGGAAACAUGA